UAUUUUUGCAGUGCAUUAAAGAAAAGCUCUUGUGGUCAAAACCAAUCUGAUAAUGCAGGGCUUUAUUAUCGUUUGGUUAUGGAUUUACAUCCCCCAAUAGACUUAAAUGGAUGCUUUGAGUAGCUGACACCCACGUAGCACUUUAGUUCCAAACUUUUCGCAACCUACCUGGAAGCAUUCCGAAAAAAUGGAGAGUAACAGCAUCAAUAAUAAAUCAAAUUUGAUCGCUACACCCUGUCCUCGGACGGAAGGUGAUGGAAUGGAAGCAAUGGACAACCCGAUUACCUCUGAUGUCAAAAGUGCCUUUCCAACAAUGGAAAGACUAAGCUUAUUACCCCUAAAAUCUUUGCCACCAGCAGAGAGAAUCAUCAGUCUGGUUCCCAUAGCGAAUCUUUCAGGAGUGAAACCCAAGAACUCCAAUUCUGCUAUGGAAAACAAGAAAGCCAAGUUUGUACCUUACGAGCCAUACAAGGCAGCAGUCAAACCAAUUGUUCCACACAAAAAGAAGAUCAGCAAGAAAGAAUUAACAGUUUCAUUAGAGAAUAAUAUUCAAAGAACAAGGAAACAGAAGGAUUUUGACCCCCAUAUCAGUGGUAUGGUCUGUCAAGAAUAUUACGACAAAAUUGUGAAAGAGAAAGAAGAACUGGAAGCACAGGUGGCAAUUCAAUCCAGGGUUAACGCAGAAUUGAAGAGAUUGCUUGUUGCAAGUGUUGGGGAAGAUAUGGAAGCCAGAGUUCAUUUCUUGACAGAAGACAAGGUGAAGCUGGCUGAUGACAUUAGGCAAUAUGUGGAAAAAAUAGCUUUAGAUUUUGAGCAGAAAGAGAAACUAUCUAUUGAAGCCGAUAUAUGGCGAAGCAAAUUCUUGGCAUCUAGCGUCAUAAUUGACGAACUAACCAAAUGGAAAGCUGCCCUUUGCACCCGUAACAAUAACCUUCAGCUUUGUAUUCAAGGGCUGCUAGACGAAAUGAAUUCCAUUCAGAAUCAUCAAAAUCAAACGUACAAUCGUUUGACGGCCUUAAAUAAUGCCUUUCAUCCUGCUGGAACCUCGAGUCAUAAGCCCCCGGAAUUGGUGGCCUACGACGUGAUCAAGGGAAGCGCGACCAUAUUGAAACUCGUUGAAAGCCUAACAAAACGUUUAUUGGGAACCUAUACGCAAGUGAGAGGAGAUGAAGAAGGAGCCCGUUCUAUAACUCCUUCUAUUGCAGCGAAACAGUCCCCUGCCCAGCUUGCAGCACGAGAGGUUUUGACGGAAGAUCCGAUUGGAACUUGCAAAAUGUCAGAAUUAGCGAAUGACCUCACAGCUCAUCAUGUGGCUGCGCUUGCCCGUCGCUCCAUGAACAAAUCGUUUUAUACUUGCUGCGCCCAUUGCACCGGACAAGUUCACGUUAUUUAAGACGCGACAACUUGUAUUAUUAUCCUUUGUCAGUUUCGACUACUCUUUGAGAUUUUAUUUAAAUCAAUCGAUUAUAAGCAACACAUUAAAGAUACUUCAUCGUU